AUGGGGACUCAAUCUAAUCAAUAUUCGAAUUUCAGAUCAAACGUAUCAACCUGCGCAACAAAUAUAAGCAGCGCUUUUAAUUAUUCUUCAACAUUUAGUUUGGAGAAUAAAUUUGGUUCUAUUUCACCCAAUGCACUUAGUAUCAAAAAAACUUAAGAACCAAAAGAAUUAUGUAUCACUCGGAAUUAUGAAUUAACAUCUCAAUUAACUCCCUCGAUACCUCCAUAAGAUACGCCAUCAAUGCCACCUUCGAUAACAAUUCCCAAUGAAUCUGUUUCUAGUUCAAGUGAAACAUCAAUGAUUAGUUCUGAGAGUUUGUGCGAGGAGAAAAUUCCAUUGGCUCUAAUAAUCGGUUAGGUAGAUAAUGGGAAAACAUUUAUAAUGAGAAAGAUUUUUGAUGAGGAUACCAAAAUAGAACUGUUUUAGCCUAUAUUAUAAAAAUAAUUGAAAUAUUACUUUGUUGAUACUUCGUCCUUUGAUAUUGAUUCAGAUUAUGAUUCAAGAGAAGAGCAGAUUAAUAAUUACAAAGAAUUGUUCAAUAAAUACCCGAAUAGAGUGAGAUCAAUUUUGAUAGCUGUUAAUUUUGAGAGAACGGAUUUAAUGAAGAAAAAAGUCUAAAAUAUUAAUAAACUAUUUCAAAAAUUCAAGAACUUGUAUACCAUAAUAGUGACUAAGUUUCAUUUCAGCGAAAACGUUGAAAGAGAUAAGGAAUAACUAAAGAGAAGUUUUUAGUAUUUGAAUGCAUAAGACAUCAUCUUUGUUGGUAAUGAUACAAAAAAAGAGCAAUUAUUGAGAGAUUUAAAAUAAAAUAGUUUGUAGGCUUUAGAGGAUGGUUAUGAAUUUAAUUUAGCUGACACUUUUUUAUAGGAGGAAGAUGAGAAUGAAUAGAAUUAAAUAUUAAAUGACUUAAAAAAUAGAUUUAAUUGA